CUGCUUGAUAGCACUCGCACGUACACAGGACAAUAAACUGUCAACACCUUGUGGUUAGCAUGGAUACCUCCUCUGUUCGCCACUGUUGGGUCAGUGUAAGGGGAAAUGAGCAUGUUUGGUUUUAAAUGAGGCGACGCUAACGCAGAACCAGAUUUGUGAACGAACUGGAGCAAGCUGGACUCUUUGUUAGCUGCUGUUAACAUGAUUAGCUCGCGUUAGCAGCCAGGGGCCAGGCCACAUAGCUGUUAGCCUGGUAGCCAAUCACCGAGCGAGGAUGGAAGGAUGGUAAGCAGCCAGCCCAAGUACGACCUAAUCCAGGAGGUGGGGCGCGGCAGUUACGGUGUGGUCUAUGAGGCAGUAGUGAAGCGCUCGGGGGCCCGGGUGGCCGUGAAGAAGAUCCGCUGCCACUCUCCAGAGAAUGUGGAACUGGCCCUGAGGGAGUUCUGGGCACUGAGCAGCAUUCAGAGCCAGCACCCAAACGUCAUCCACCUGGAGGAGUGUAUCCUGCAGCGGGACCAGCUGGCACAGAGGAUGAACCACGGCUCCAGCUCGCCGCUCUACCUUGAGCUGGUGGAGACAUCUCUGAAGGGGGAGAUCACCUUUGACCCGUGCUGUGCCUACUACCUGUGGUUCGUCAUGGACUUCUGCGAUGGAGGGGACAUGAACGCCUACCUGCUGUCCCGUAAGCCCAGCCGCAAGACCAACACCAGCUUUAUGCUGCAGCUGGGCAGCGCUUUGGCCUUCCUGCACCGCAACCAGAUCAUACACCGCGACCUCAAACCAGACAACAUCCUCAUCUCGCAGGCGUGCACACCCACCGGCUCCUCUGAACCCACCCUCAAAGUGGCAGACUUCGGCCUCAGCAAAGUCUGCUCUGCCUCAGGGCUCAACCCUGAGGAGCCGGCCAGCGUUAACAAAUGCUUCCUGUCCACGGCAUGCGGGACGGACUUCUACAUGGCCCCGGAGGUCUGGGAAGGCCACUACACAGCCAAGGCUGACAUCUUUGCUCUAGGAGUGAUCUUCUGGGCAAUGGUAGAGCGCAUCACGUUUGUGGACGUGGAGACCCAGAAGGAGCUGCUAGGGAGCUACGUGCAGCAGGGCUCGGAGAUCGUACCGCUGGGCGAGGCCCUGCUGGAGAACCCAAAGAUGGAGCUGCUGAUCCCGGCCAGGAAGAAAAGCAUGAACAGCCACAUGAAGCAGCUGAUCCGGGAGAUGCUGUCAGCCAACCCCCAGGAGCGGCCCGACGCCUUUGAACUGGAGCUCAGACUGGUCCGGAUUGCCUGCAGAGAGUUAGACUGGGACACGUGAUAGACGUGUGUGUGUGUGUGUGCGUGUGCGUGUAUGCGUGCGUGUGUGUAUGGCAUUAUGAACUCCCAUCGAGCACAUGUACACAUCUCUUCAUUCGCUCUUAACCCAUCCUUCUUUCCAUGAAAAUAAAUGACUAACGAGGGAGUGAUGAGAAUACACGAGUUGCAGCUUGGUCAGACCUUCAGUCUGUGUCCAAGUGCAUCCAGUCUUCUACUAGCUGUGUCUUUAUAUUGAAAGAGAGAGGUGCGACACCCACAGCUGCUGCUGCUGCUCCAGAACGCAGCGUCGUCUCAGGCCAUCCAGAUCACCACAGCCACCGCUUUCUCUCACACGCCACUAGAACACAAUCACCUAGAAAGUCAGAAAAGAACGGCCAAGACUUCACAGCUUGUCUCCAAAUACCACCAUGACCCCGGUGCUGAUAACUACAAAAUGCAAUAUGAGACGGUGUCCUGUGAUUUUUACUGUGUACAUCCAGCCAAAGGGCCCACCUCUGUGUUUGGGUUGUGUUCUGAAGCCACCUCUGUAGGUUCUGCCUAAACUCCUUUCAUUCAAAUCAUCAAGAUUUGAGUUGGUUUUGGCGUCAGAUUCAGUUCUGCUUCGAAAGCUCAGGUAAUAACAUUCAUCAUGGUGGUAUUUGUUGAUAUCGGUGUUUUUCCGUGCUCUUCGAAGCAGGGACAAAACCAAAUGUUGGUGCUUGAACAUGACUUGUUUUUCCUUUGUUAGCUGCUUGGUUUGCCUGAGUGGGUGGAAAUCAUUUUUAUCAGCUGACAUCCAGCCAAAAGAGCUCAUCUUUGGUAUGCUUCUUUCUUUGCUUCUGAACUGCAAACUUGAAGAUAAGUUGACUGGCUUCAGAUGCACCCAUAACCAGUUGACCAGAAUGUAUAAAGCUCCAGGACAGUCACUUUUCUUUCCACCCAGCCUUAAACGCAUCACUCAGCGUGUCAGAUUAGACCAGAUCAUUCAGGUUUAUUGCUCUCAUGUAGCCUUAACGUUGUGCUCACCAAAGCUUGUGUUUUUAAUGGUUUUUCAGAACACACAAGUAAAACUGUUUGGCUUUCCAUAUACCUACCUUUCACUGGUACCAUGUGCCUUGUUUCCACAGAGUGGUAUGGCACAGGUUGAUGUAGUUUGGUAUGUUCUUUUGUCCAUUUACAUUGUAAAAGCAACCAAUACAACUGAUGCAUACAGUUGUAGGUCUAUGGGACAAUGGCAAUGUCAGGGUGGAGCUACUGGUUCACACAACCUUUGAUUGGAGGACAGAAAACGUCACUUCUUGGUGACGAGCACUAGUAGACCCACUUGUGUGACGGUUGUUGUCACAGUAGUAUGACGCUAUGUUUGGGUUUAACCUACUGUUUCUCAAUUCCGGUCCUCACGACUCCCCUGCCCUGCAUGUUUUAGGUGUUCCCCUUCUGCCACACACCUGAAUUGUAUCUCUGGGUGAUUAACAGCCCUCUGCAGUUCUUGAUAGUCAUGCAAUAAUUUGAAUCAGCUGUUCUGGAAUAGAGGCACAUGUAAAACAUGCAGAGCAGGGAGUCACUGAGGACUGGAAUUGAGAAGCACUGGCUUAACCCCAAAUUUUCCUCAAGGAAUUUUAAUAAUCGAGGUACUCGAAUCGUUACAGCCCUAAGCCCAACAUUCCCAAAUGCAUCUUCUACCACACCAGAACAAGGCUGAAGGCUCCAGAGGAUAAAACGGCUACUGUCAGUCUUCCUAUUACCUGUUGACCUCUUCCCAUCCCCAGGUGUCUUCAGUGUCAGUUUGUUACCUCACCAGUUUGAUGAAUCUCCUCCAAGGUCAAUGUGAGCAACAGAACUGAAUACAGUGGACGAGUUAAAAAAAAAUACUGCCAGAUUUUAAAACACAGACCCAGAAGAUGGCCGACUUUGAGUCAUCUUAUGGUAACAACAAACAUAAUCCUCACCGCCUGGGUUUCUGAUGGUGAGUUCAAUGAUCAGGACAAAAAAAUUGAGAAAUGGUCACCAGCCAGUUUCUUAGUGCAUCUCUAGAAGAGAGUUUCUCUCCUGGUGACGAGGUUUAAGCUGCUGGUUCUUUUAGCCUCAGGUUGAAGAGUCCAAGUUGCUUUGCUGAGCACAACGUUGGAGCCUGUAAGUAGCUGCAGUAGAUCCGAAUGAUCCAUGAAGGUUAAAAAAAGUGACUCCAACUCCAGUGUUUCUUCAGAAGCUGCUUGAUAAUGUGAAGUAGAAGCCGCCUGUCCUGAAGCGGCAGCGACAUGAAUAAUCCCGUCUGAGCCCGUUCCAGACUGAAUGUGUUCAACAUGCCGGGACGCAGUGAAAGCACUUUUAUUUAGCAAUCUGUAUUUGUCCCUGCUGCGUGAUGUGGAGGACUGUGAGGCAGGAUCGGCUGAUGACAGUGUUGUAUUACUGCAGCAGCCCUAACCAUGAGGGUGGGGGCUCCUCCAUGAGCCAGAGGAACUCUCCUUCCACAAAGCUGCUGUUUGACUCGGUCUCGUCUCCCCGUCACCGCGCAGCAUCUCCUUUGGCUCUCAGUUUUCCAGUAAUCCAUUUGGAUCAAUCUCCUUAGCAGCUAAUCCAAAGCCUGUUAGGUUGUUGCAGAACUUGGCAGAGGAUCAUGCUGGAGACCCAUUUUUGUUCUAUUAAAUGUAAUACUUCAACAUAUUUCUACAGGAAGCCAGAAAGGUCAGCCAGUGUUAGCGGUUCCUUUGCUGUGGUAGAAAAAUGAAUUUCCUUCCAUUCAUCUCCAAGUUGGCCUUUUAUUCCUUCUCUCAUUCAGUUACACGUCUCCAUGCAGGACAUCUGGUGCUUCGGACAAUGCAACGUUUACUGCGGCUUUCAGUACAAGCAGCAAAGAUUAAAGUAAAGUAGGCCACCCAUCGAGCAGAGGAUGAUGGGUAGAGAUGUUUCUGCUGCUCACCUUCUGGAGAAGACGUCGUGGAAGAAGACAUGGCUUCCUGUCAGGUCUUUGUUAUUAGACGCCCCUUUCCUUCUGACUUACUGUAUUUAGUUGUUUUGCACAUGUGUAAAUACUGUAAAGGAUCAAUGGGACUGAUGAGGCUGUAUAUAUGAGGUGAUGUGCUCUGUUUUUAGAGCCUGAUUGUGUAAAUUGUUACAAUGGCUUCAGUCGGGAUGUGAGGAUGGUGAAAAGUGUGUUUGUCAUUGGCCUGUUUGUGGUCUUGUGGGGAAAAAAAACAAAUGUACAACAUGGAUGAUGUCUCCUGUCCUCUCUGUGUGAUUGGGGCAUUCUGGAAAUAAGAGGGGAUUUUUUUUUUAUUUUAUUUUUAAACCAUCAUUCAAUGUUCCUAUUCUAGAGAGCGCUGACCCAAGAUCACCAUAAACCAUACUGGCUCUGUCCCCCACCUUCCAGCUGGACAUUGUAGUCACCAAAUGGUGUUCAGAUUCACAGUUUAAGUUUGAAUCAAAUAAACCUGUUACUGUGGACCCUUUA